AUGUCGUCAUACUUGAACACUGUCAGUGGAUCUGGUGCAUCGGCACAAGCCUACGCUGCUCCAGCCGCAUCAGCUCCAGCUGCAUCAACCCCUGCUGCCGCUGCCCAAGCUGCCCCAGCCUUCAGCUCUACUCCACCAAGUGGACGAGGAAUUGCUAGCUACCUUGACACUGUUCCCAAGAACCCUUCUGUCAGUGGACCAGGAAUCACUUCUUACCUUGACAGUGUGCCCAAGAAUGCACCUGUCAGUGGACCAGGAAUGUCUUCCUAUUUGAACACUGUCGGUGGAUCUGGUGGAUCUGCUCAAGCCUACUCUGCUCCCGUCGCGUCUACUCCAGCUGCAUCAACCCCUGCUGCUGCUGCCCAAGCUGCCCCAGCCUUCAGCUCUACUCCACCAAGUGGACGAGGAAUUGCUAGCUAUCUUGACACUGUCCCCAAGAACCCAUCUGUCAGUGGACCAGGAAUCACUUCUUACCUUGACACUGUUCCACGAAACCCUCCAGUCAGUGGAGCUGGCAUGGCUUCCUAUUUGAAUACUGUCGGUGGUGGAUCUGCUUCAGGUGCCCAAGCUGCGCAGGCAUACUCUACUCCAACUGCAUCUGCACCUGCUGCUGCCCAAGCUGCUCCAUCCUUCAGCUCUACUCCACCAAGUGGACGUGGAAUUGCUAGCUAUCUUGACACUGUCCCCAAGAACCCAUCUGUCAGUGGACCAGGAAUCACUUCUUACCUCGAUAGUGUCCCUAAGAACGCACCUGUCAGUGGACCGGGAAUGUCGUCAUACCUGAACACUGUCGGUGGUGGAUCUGGUGGAUCAGCUCAAGCCUACUCUGCUCCAGUCGCGUCUACUCCAGCUGCAUCAACCCCUGCUGCUGCUGCCCAAGCUGCUCCAGCCUUCAGCUCUACUCCACCAAGUGGACGAGGAAUUGCUAGCUAUCUUGACACUGUCCCCAAGAACCCAUCUGUCAGUGGACCAGGAAUCACUUCGUACCUCGACAGUGUCCCCAAGAAUGCACCUGUCAGUGGACCAGGAAUGUCGUCAUACUUGAACACUGUCAGUGGAUCUGGUGCAUCGGCACAAGCCUACGCUGCUCCAGCCG